AUGUUUGGUCCUCUCUAUCUCUUCUUCUAUCUCAUCGCCCCCUUUGCCGCCCGGCAGGUUGUCGCCAUCUGGCCGGCUCCGCAGUCGUUUUCAAAUGGCACGUCGGUGUUGUGGCUGGCUCGGAACUUCCAUGUGAACUAUGAUGUGCUCCAUGUCCAGCCUUCUCUUCGACCUGGACAUGAGGAUGAGGAUGUGAACGAGGAGAUACUUUCAACCGGUGACUUCUCCAGCCACUCGAUAGUUCAAGCUGCAAUCUCUCGUGCUCUGGAUACUCUGUGGAAGCACAGCUUGGUCCCGUGGAAGUUGCAUGCUCGUAAUCAGCUCUCCGCAUUCGAGCCGGCAAAGGAAAGUAGCAGCAGCUCCAGAAAGCAGUACAUCAAGUCUCUCCGUAUCAUCCAAAGCAGCGUCGACACCGCCAGCACCUUCAAACCUCGCGCCGGCGAGGUGGAUGAAUCCUACAGCCUCAAGGUCAGCCUUGAUGGCACGGCACGCAUCACGGCAGUCUCUCCCAUUGGGGUUCUCCACGGCCUCGAGACCUUCGUGCAAUUGUUCUACAAGCACUCGUCCGGCUCAGGCAUCUAUACCAACCUCGCACCUGUCGAUAUCACAGACGCCCCAAUAUUUCCCCACCGAGGACUCAACAUGGACGUGGCUCGCAACUGGUUCCCCGUGUCCGAUAUCCUACGCACCAUUGACGCACUCUCCAUGAACAAGUUCAACCGCCUUCACAUCCACAUGACCGACUCGCAGUCCUGGCCUUUAGAUGUCCCCGCCCUCCCCGAGCUCGCCCAGAAGGGCGCCUACCAGACAGGUCUCUCUUACUCUCCAGCAGAUUUUAAGAAGAUGCAAACCUACGCCGUAGAGCAUGGGGUUGAGAUGAUCGUCGAAUUCGAUAUGCCAGGCCACACCUCAUCCAUUGGCUACGCUUAUCCCGACUUGGUAGCGGGAUUCGACGCCAGGCCUUGGGACACGUAUUGCAAUGAGCCACCCUGUGGAUCUCUGAAGCUUAACUCCCCCGAAGUUUCGGCGUUUCUUAAUACCCUCUUCUCCGACGUCUUGCCGAGAGUCCAGCCCUAUUCCGCGUACUUCCAUACCGGAGGAGACGAAGUCAACAAACAGGUCUAUCUCCUUGAUGACACUGUCCAGUCUAACGAUAGCCUUCUUAUUGGAUCUCUGAUCCAGAAGAUGGUUGAUCGCAAUCAUGACCAGAUCCGCAAGGCGGGCAUGACACCAAUCGUAUGGGAAGAGAUGUUGCUCGAGUGGGGCCUCACACUCGGUAGCGACGUAUUGGUUCAAUCAUGGCUGAGUGACGAAUCCGUGGCUCAAAUCACUGGAAAGGGCCACAAGGUUGUGACUGGAAAUUAUCAUUACUGGUAUCUCGACUGUGGCAAAGGCCAAUGGCUCAACUUUAGAAAUGGGAAUUCUUUCCAGAAGUACUACCCCUUCAAGGAUUACUGUGACCCCUUUCACAACUGGCGCCUUGUCUACUCUUAUGACCCUCUCGCUGGUGUGCCCGCCAACCAAACUCAUCUAGUUAUGGGAGGUGAGGUGCACAUCUGGUCUGAGCAAACUGAUCCGGUCAAUUUGGAUGACAUGGUAUGGCCUCGGGCUUCUGCGGCCGGUGAGGUUCUUUGGAGCGGAAGACAGGAUGCAGGCGGGCAGAAUCGCAGUCAGAUUGAUGCAAGUCCGCGACUGGCGGAGAUGCGCGAGCGGAUGGUAAGUCGUGGGAUUGGGGCAGGACCAGUACAAAUGGUUUUCUGCACGCAGAGUGAUGCUGCCGAGUGCUCUCUUUGA